GCUUUGGGAUGCUUGUUUAAUCUAAUAAGGUACAAUAAUAUGAUAAGAUUUUUGGACAAGGAUUAAAAGGGUAAAAAAUGCUUGAAUGAAAGGAGUAAUUCUAAGCGGAAACCAUCUGGUGACUCUCAUGUGACGACUGUAGAGCGUUAAGAGCCAACAUGUGAACUUAAAGCGUGAAACGAGUGUGAAAAUGUUGUUAGAAAUGAGCUUUCUGACAUAUCAAGCUAAAAAGCCAGCAGCAGGAAAGGUUUGCUGUGAGCAAAGGUCGGUGACUGGAGCGGGUUCUUCUCUGGGCUUCGUGACCUCUCGGAUAAAACGCCACCAACAAUUAAACACGGGGUAUAAAGACAACACAAACAGCCACCAUCAGGCUGUGUUUUGAAUAAAUCUAGUUGGGGUUUUUUUGUGUUUGUUUUGGGUUCGCCCAUUUAAACUGACAGAGAAGAGCAGAUUAAAAUAUCACACAAAAAUAGCAAUAAAAAGAUUUGCACCUAGAUCUGUUUCAGACGAUGUAUCCGCCGUCAUUUUCAUAUUACUUCACAAUUAUGCCACAGUUAGUGUUAGUAACAAAUCCACAAAAAAAAUAUAAAGUGGAACAUUUAACAUUUCCGAGGAACUGUGUCUGCGAUUCAACGGCAAAGUUAUGUGAUUCAAAGUCAAAUGUAACAUAAGAGGUAAUAAACAUAAAGUAUGAAUUGCGAAAUAUGAAACCAUGAUUGUGAAUUUCUGACAUAAGCUCAAAAGUUUAUGAAGACAUAUUUAUAAUUUAUGAUAGCAUAUAUAGUUGUCAAAAAAUAUUCACGUUUUUACUAAAUAUUUUUUCUAAUGUCACAUUUUCUAGUCCCAUUUAAUAGUUAUUACGGUGAUAAGGUCAAAGUAAUUUUUAAAUUGAAGUUAUGGUCAUGAUCAAACACUAAUUCCGACACUGAAAGACUUAAUUAUGACUCUUUUUUUUUACCCUCAUAAUCAGGACUUUUCAGUCUCCGUUACCACACAAUGCAUGGGCUUGUUUUUCUGUCAUGUAGUGGAAAAUGCCUCCGCAGAAAUACCAAACAUUUUGAACAAAGAUUUCUUUACUACUCAGUAACAGCCAGUAUGUGGUUCGCUGUGCUUCAACCACGCUCGGCUCCAGGUUUGACACUCAUGCGGCCAUGUGAGCCGCAUUUACGCCCCGAAAUGAGCCAAUCACGGGCGGCGUGAGUCACGGUGGGGGACAGCCGGCUGUAACUCCUCUCUGUUCGGUAGCAGCGGUUAUUCUCCAUCCUCCACUUCUGCCAAACAUGGCCGAAUCCUCCGGGAGCAACAAGGCAGCGGGGCGCGUAGGAUACAUCACCCGAGUCCAGAGCUUCAGCGCCUGCCACCGGCUCCACAGUCUUCACCUGAGUGACGAGGAGAAUAAAGAAGUCUACGGAAAGUGCAACAAUCCCUACGGUCAUGGACACAACUACAAGGUGGAGGUGACUGUACGUGGAAAAAUUGAUCCCGUCACCGGCAUGGUCAUGAAUCUGACGGACCUGAAGAGGUGUAUUGAGGAAGUCAUCAUGAUUCCUCUGGACCACAAAAACCUGGACAAGGAUGUUCCGUACUUUGCCAACGUUGUGAGCACCACGGAAAACCUGGCCGUUUACAUCUGGGACAACAUGGCGAAGGCUCUUCCCGCCAGCCUGCUCUACGAGAUCCGGGUUCACGAGACGGAUAAGAACAUCGUAGUAUACCGAGGAGAGUAAGCCGCAGGAGCGUUAAGUCAGUUCUGAUUCUGCUCCUCAACUGACGGGAGGCUCAAAUAAUGUGAUCUUAAGUACGUUUGGCAGAGUAUGAAGGUUUUUCCAUUUAAUUUUACUCUUAAUUGUCAUUUAAUGUUCAGGGGCCUCAUGCAUAAAAGAGUGCGCAGUUUUCACACUAAAACUUGGCGUAUGGAAAAA